CCCAUCGCCGCUCCCACCACCACCACCACAACAACAACAACCAGCUCAACUCAAGAGCCAGACUGACUGUGGGACGUACAAGUUGACUCAAGUACUUCUCUUGUUCGUGUAGCGACACUUUCAGUUUUGUUUUCACCGAGUAGGACUUAAAAGCGAUUCCACGAUGGUCAAGGUGUCUUUCAACUCUGCCUUGUCGCAGAAAGACGUGAAAAAGGAGGCGGAAACGCUCAUUCCCGACCAGGACAAAGAUGCCGAGGCGGCUGUAGGGCUGGUUCGUCAGCAGUCCCGGGCAUGGCGUUGGUGCAUGUGUCUUGGUCUGGCCCUUAUGCUCUCUGGAAUGAUGGUCGGCGGAGCCUACCUGUACCGUUACUACAUCCUGGAGGAGGGUGAGGUGUUUGUGUGUGGGGUCAACUACCGUGAGGAGAACCUCAGCAUCCCAGAAUUGGAGCAGGUGGAGGUGAAUCUUGCAAGCCCUCUGCGGCAGCUGGAGGAGAGAAUCCGAGUUCUGGAACGAGAGCAGGUGGCGCUCAUCACUGUGCCCGUGCCAGAGUUUGAGGACGGAGACCCGGCCGACAUUGUGCACGACUUCCAGAGGAGGUUGACAGCUUACCUGGACCUGAGCCUCAACAAGUGCUACGUCAUCCCGCUCAACACCUCCAUCGUCAUGCCACCCAGGGAUUUCCUGGAAGUGCUGGUCAAUCUCAAGGCCGGCGCCUACCUGCCACAGUCGUACCUGGUGCACGAGGAGAUGGUGGUGACGGAGCAGCUGGAGCACGUGGAGCAACUAGGCUAUUUCAUCUACACCCUGUGUCGCGGCAAGGACACCUUCAAGCUACAACAACGCGACAGGAUCCUGGGCAUGCAGAAGCGCGAAGUCCUGGACUGCCGUAAGAUUCGCCACUUCGAGAGCAUGUUUGUGGUGGAGACCACCAUCUGCCAGUUUUAAGUCAACACGAGAUUUGUUUGUUUUGUUGGUUGUUUUUCCAUUUGUAUUCCAUCUUUAGCUGUUCUUUCCAGGGUGGCCAGCGAAAAUUAAAUGUGAAGAAGCCACGAUGUGGGGAGACCACUGCCCGCUUUUCUUUUUCCUAGAAAAAUAAAUGGCACAAAAACUGCUUUCAUCCGGCAAAUUGUAAUCCGAGUCAUUGUAGCUUUAAUGUGUGAGCGCACUAUGAAUUCAGGGUAACUUUUUUUUUUUUUUUUUUUUUUUAUAAAAUCUUGUGGCUGUAACAUUAACACACUUACCAAUUAAUUAACUGGACUUUUCGAUUGUCUUUUUCUUUAGCUUUAAAACAAUCAAUCUGUGCAGUCAGAGACAGAGGAAAAAAACUCAGCGUGGGGGUGGGGGUGUGGGCGGGGGGGAAUAAUUGCGGUUGUACUGCUAAAUAUUUUGUGUUUGUGUGCGUGUGUAUAAUCUUUGGACAGUCCAACACAGAGAAUUAAAACAAAGACGUUUUGCUUCUUGUC